UUAACGGUAUGUUUAUCGUUAUCAAUAUAUCAGUAUUUAUAAUCGUUAACUGAUAGUUAUUUGCUAUUUAUUUCUUACUAUUAGAUGUAAAUAGUUUUAGUGUUGCUGCUGACAACAAGAUGCGUGGAAUCCUGGUGCUGCUAUGGGGGCUUGCUGCUGUGUCGGCUGCCCCAAAAAGCGUGGAGAGGAUCAUUGGGGGGUCCCUGGUCAGCAUUAGCCAGUACCCGGAGAUGGUAGGUCUCCUGUACUCCCUGACCGGCGUCGGUCACAGGCAGUGGUGUGGCGGCACAACCCUGAAUAGUCGGGCCAUCCUCACUGCUGCCCACUGUACAAUGGAGGACCCCCCGUUUAGAUGGAGCGCGCGCGUUGGUUCCAACAACGCAAAUAGCGGCGGUACUGUCAUUGCGUCGCAACAAAUUAUCAACCACCCGCAGUUUACGCGCGCUGACUUCAACAACGACAUUUGCGUCAUCAUCACUUCAACCAAUAUACCCUUCAGCGCCAAUGUACAGCCUGGCAGAAUCGCUGGCACCAACUACCAUCUGGCUGACAAUGAGCCUGUCUGGGCUGCAGGAUGGGGAACUACUUGGCAAGGUGGGUGGAACUCUGAGCAGCUUCGUCACGUGCAGGUCUACUCCGUCAACCAAGAGGCAUGCAGGCAGCGCUACGCGGUAACUAACAACGUGGUUAAUGACAACAUGUUGUGCUCCGGUAUACUGGACGUGGGUGGUCGCGACCAGUGCCAGGGCGACUCUGGUGGUCCUCUCUUCCACCAUGGAGUGGUCGUGGGGGUCUGCUCGUGGGGCCGAGGCUGCGCCCAGCCCCAGUUCCCAGGAGUCAACACUCGCGUCUCCCGCUACACCGACUGGAUAAGACAACAUGCUGAGAAUAUAUUAUUUUAAGAAAUAAAUAGACUCCCGUUACACCAACUGAUUAAGGCUGAGUUGCACCACCUAACUUUGACCGUAGCUUUAUAGCUAAGUUCAAAGUUAGGUGAUCGUCAUCGACAACCGGUGUUUUUUGUAAGGAGUUUGACAGAUUUUUGACGUUUGUACGGUUAAAGUUAGGUGGUGCAACACGGCCUAAGAAAACUCAAAUAACUUUAUUGCUCCUCUUUGGAAAGUAACAUUUUUGUAAGUAAACGCUGAUAGUACCUAAGUAAUUACGCUUUUUAUUAAAUAUUAUUGCGCCAGUUCCAUUCCUACAAAAUUGAAAAAUGCACAGGCCCCGCCAUCUCCCAACACCACGAAUACUAACUGUUUGUGCAAGUAACAGCUCAAGGAGUAAUGACUUAUCAUUGUCAUAAAAUACAGAUAUGAACAAGACAGAUAAUAACUUUAUUAUCCAGCUACCGAUUUGAUAAUGAACUCGUUCAUACUGCUUAUAAAAUUCAAUAUAAAUACCAUAAGCCUUUUAUUACGUACGAUCAUACCUACAUAAUUUAAUCCCUAUUCUGAUUUUACCAUAAUUAUGUUAAUAA